CGCUUCUGACGGCUGCGGGUUGGCGGGAAUGGUGGCAGUGCUCUUGCCUGCGGGGUAUAGGACUGAAACAGAUUUUAGCUCCCCGGUCCCCAGGUUCUCAAAGUUGCUGUCGGUGCUCUGUCCUUCCUCGAAGCCGAUGUCCGUAAACCCAACGCAAUCAAACUUCAAUUUCCGGCUGACUGAGAGGGACCCGUCGCAAGUUAGCUUGGGCUGGUGGCCAUGGACCAGUGGCUCUUGGAACGUAUGGGAGAAAAGCCUUCCAGCACAAGUUCGCUACAGCGGAAACCUAUAACAGCGUGCGAGAUAUGUCGGCAGAAAAAGAGACGUUGUGACACUGAGACUCCCUGUGCAACUUGUCGGCGCCUCUCCCGUGCUUGUAUUCGCCCCCAAAGGAAGGGCGAGAUACACGAAAUAUUAGAACCUAGGGUUCAACGAUUGGAAUCUCUGAUUUCGGAACUCAGCGGCAACUUCUUCGCUGGUCCUGGUCAGAAUGUUGCUGCGACAGAGCAACAAGUCUCUUCUCCGCUAUACUUGUUGACUGAUUCUGAAAUUAUCCAGCACUCCGCUGAAAUGUAUCAGCCAUCUCGUUCAGUCGCGGAUAGCAUCUCUGCCACAUCAGUAUCCUUAUCUGCUAUACCGUCUCCGCAUUAUAUCGCCUCCGAGGCUCCCGAUACAUUCUCUACAAGCUUCCAACAAGUACCAGAGAGGCUUUCACCAGGAUAUCCUACGUCGCCUACAACAGCUUCCUCACGUCUGGCCGAUGUGCCACCCCAGUAUCUUCCUCUUUCAGCAUCAUCCUUAGCCAUGGGCACAAACUGUGCCUCACCCGCAGUUCUUGAUUCUCUGCAUUCUGCUACCAGCAAGGCCUCGAACAUAACUACCUCGCCCACCCGAUUCGAGGCAGAGACACUUCUGGACAUAUUUUUUAACAAGGUCGGAGCGGCUAAGUAUACUGUCAGUCGGGAAAUGUUCCAAUUAUUCCUGGAUGUUAUAUACUGUUCCUUGCCUGUUUCCUACGAUUGGAAAAUCCCCUACAUCGAUAUCAUAUCCAAAUUCCAUGUCUACAUGGCAAUGGCAAUCGGUUUACGGAUGAAAACCGAGCGUCACCCAACAGAACGCCAACUUUUGGAGAUAUGCUAUCGGCUUGCACUUGAAGCCGCUAAAGCACCAGAUUUCUGGUCACUGCCUCUCUCGGCAGAGGCGGCAAUGCUCUUCAUGUUAUUUGCUCAAGUCAGUUAAUGAUAGGUUAACGAUUAUCACUUGGCCUUGGCAAAAAAAUAUAUAACUUCCACCUCAAGGCCAAGCGCUUACCAGAAUCCAAAAACGCACACAUGUCCCGAAAUGCACUGCAACACGAGCCGCCAUUUGACUACGGAUUGGGGAAUGACUCAAUAACUGUCAGCUUACGGUUAUUCCUUG